UGGUACAGUGGAGCAUGCCACUUGUUUCUGGUUUUGCUCUUCGAUUUUUCGAAUUUAGUAUCGCGGUCGCGGACGCGGAUAGGUCGCGAGUAGGUCCCGAAACGAACGUUUAUACAGGUACUGCUCGAGCACGCACAUGCGAACGGACAGUGAUCACUAUGAUCGAUGGUCGUCCAUGUGUAUUGAGGUCAGCUUCCGCGGUUUUGCGAUUAGAAAGACUCGAGCUAGACGUAAGUUUCAGCGGGCAUUGCGCUCGAAGGAAGAAGAGGCCCGGCAAACUGCCACGAAGAGGGUCACAACAAAUGACUUCUCAUCCUCUGGAUUAUUUAAAUGAUUCCAGAGCAUGGGAGAUCAUUCUCGUUACUACGUUGUCACUAUGCUCUUUUAAUAUUUGUAGUUGUAUUUUUUUUUUUCUCCAUGAUCGUUCAUCAUUGAUUUGGGCAAAUCACGGGUUGAAUUAGAGUUGCGAAAUAAUUUCGCGUCUGUUCAUUAGUUUUGCGAGAAAUUGAUUACGAUUUAAAUUAGAAUUUUGAAGUUAUGAUGUCGCGAUUGUCUUUUGCAAUUUUGAUUGUGAAUUUUUAGUGUCAUAUAUAAUAAAAUUUGUCUUGCUUCCUAUUGCUUUUAAUUAAUUUUAGAGUGUUACAAUAUUUGAAAUAUCUUUUUUUUAUGCAGUAGCUUUUGUAUUGUUGAUAAUAGUAUUCAC